CCUAUUGAUGAUGAAAUAUGCCAAAAUCCAAAAGCUUAAUCAAAAUUAGCUAGUACUGUACUACAAUUUCCUCAUUUCAUGGUAUAGAUAAAAAACUUUCAAUCAACUUCACUUAAAACCCCAUAGAAAUUUCAGUGUAAAUUGUGAAAAAGAAAUAUACUAUGGAGGCAAUUAAUGCAGUAAGAUUGACACCUCUCUCUGUUCUUUCUGAUAGAAGAAAUGAGCCCAAGAAAAUCCCAUCACACCCCAUUUCUUUCCCAUUCAAGAAUCUUUGUUCAGUAGAGAAUUUAUCAAGAAAUGUUCAAGGGGGUUUAGUACUUCUAACCUCAGCUCUAAAUACAGGCUUAGCUAAAGCAUUAACAUAUGAGGAGACACUUGAGCAAUCUACAACCAGCCCAGGUGCUGACUUUGAUGCAACUGCAGUUGUGGAAACUGUGACCACUUUUGCAUCAGAGAAUCCUUUAGUUAUAGCUGGUGGAUUUGCUGCUUUGGCUUUGCCAAUAGUUCUGUUUCAGGUUGUUGGAAAGCCUUCUAAGUCAUGGGGUGUUGACUCUGCCAAGACAGCUUAUGCAAAAUUGGCAGAUGAUGCAGGUGCACAACUGCUUGAUAUAAGAGCACCUGCAGAGUUGAGGGAAGUGGGGAGUCCAGAUAUUAGGGGUUUUAAGAAAAAGCCAGUUACUGUUGUUUAUAAGGGUGAAGAUAAGCCUGGUUUCCUAAAAAAGUUGUCUUUGAAGUUCAAGGAGCCUGAGAAUACUACAUUGUUCAUUCUAGACAAAUUUGAUGGAAACUCUGAACUGGUUGCGGAGCUAGUCACAGAAAAUGGAUUUAAAGCUGCUUAUGCAAUCAAAGAUGGUGCUGAAGGACCCCGGGGAUGGCUGAACAGCAGCCUUCCUUGGAUUGUACCUAAGAAAACAUUGAGUCUUGAUCUGAGCAAUCUGUCCGAUGCUCUUGAUGGUGUUCUUGGGGAAGGUUCUGAUGCUGUUACUGUAGGCUUAGGUGCUGCUGCAGCUGCUGGUCUAGGGAUUUUAGCCUUCUCAGAGGUAGAAACAAUUCUCCAACUGUUGGGUUCAGCUGCACUUGUCCAACUAGUUGCCAAGAAACUCCUGUUUGCAGAGGAUAGAAAGAAAACUCUGCAACAAGUUGAUGAGUUCCUCACCACUAAGGUUGCUCCAAAGGAGCUGGUAGAUGAGAUUAAGCAAAUAGGGAAGGCUCUCCUUCCAGACUCGGUGAGUAGCAAUGCUCUACCUACACCUGCAGAGGCAAGCCCUGCCGCAGCCACCAACACUAUUGAGAAAACUGAAUCGGUCGCUAAGGAGGAAAUUGCACCAUCUAAAGUAGAAGCAACUUCCCCGCCUAUUCCAGAAGUCAAUUCAGUCCCUAACGCUGAAGUCAAAGCAGAUGCACUACCUAAAACUUCAAGGCCACUUUCACCUUAUCCUAAUUAUCCUGAUCUCAAGCCUCCAACAUCGCCGAUGCCUUCACAACCAUAGAACUAGACUUGCAGACUGCCAUAUAUACAAGGCAUAGAAGCCCUCAUAUUCCAGUUUAGCUGAGUAUAAGCAUAGCUAAGCUAUAUGCCAGAUUUGGAAUGGAAACUCCUACUCUAUGAAAUUUUCAAUAUUACAUAAUAUGCAUUUGAAGAGAAUUUCUGUAGUGCCAGUAGAGAUCUUUCUCAACACUAUAUAUAUCUUUUUGUAUUCCAUCUUUGUAGAAUAUUAUUGGAUAUCAUGUAGAUGCACAUCUUUAUCAGUUCUGUGUGAGUUUACAAAUAAAAUUACAUUUUAGGCAUAGAUCUGUGAGAGCAUAAUGAACAAGGAUAUCAAACUUGAAUAUCAUUAACCUGAAUAGCUCGUUUAUGAGACUAUACUUGGAUAUUUCUUCUA